AUGUCCAGCAACGAAGAAGCGAUAUCCCAACAUUGGCUGGUGCCAAGAGUUUUCCUCUCGUACCUCAUUGCUGUCACCGGAAGCUUCUGUAGUGCGAGAAUGUGUCUUGGCAUCCGUCGAAUGAAACUCACUUCUAACUCUUUCCGGUUCAUUCACCCGACAGCAAUCCAACUCAUGGAGAAGUGGCGUAGCGCGACUGAUACCAAGGACAAGCUCGUUCUGAUGAUUCUCUCUUCGGUUGCUCUGGGUGGCUGUGGGAUUUGGUGCAUGCAUUUCAUCGGCAUGAACGCACUUGAGUUGACACGAGAGGACGGGUCCGUAUUGACGGUGGAUUUUGAGGCUGGUUUGACGAUCCUCUCCUUCAUCUGCGCCGUUGGGGGAGUGUUCGUUGGCCUCAAAAUCGCGUCUGCUGACCCAUUCUUCCUCGAGUUGGAGCAGGAAAAGCGCAAAAACAUUCUGGCGGGGGCCUCUGCCGCUCUCGGUGUGCUCGUCAUGUACUACCUGGGUAUGAUGGCUCAAAGAACGCAAGCCAGUAUGACGCUGACUGCCGGAGUUGUGGUGGUGUCGGUCCUCAUCGCAUUCUUCACCGCCACGGCUGCGUUCUGGAUCCUGUUUCGAGCGGACAGCGAGUUGCUUCGACUGGGCAGCGCUCUGAUCAUGGGUAUCGCAGUUUGUGGGACCCACUAUUCUGGAAUGGGAGCUGCCAGCUACACGUUCAUUGAGGACGGAAUGGGAAGUGGAGGGUUCAUCAUAAAGGGGGCUCAUGCUGCUGUAUUCUCCUCGCAUAUCUCGCUUUUAUAUUGCUAUUGGGUGAUGUCGUGGAGCGUAGCUACAAGUCUGCGCGGCGCCGCCUACCGCACGCAUAGUGCAACUAAGCAGACACAGCUUUCGCUUCUUGCUUGCACUCGUACAUGUGACACUUGGGGCAACUUCAAUGACGCCGAAUCUGAUUUCACCGCCUACACUUCUGAAGCAACAAAGACGCGCCCCCGCUCACCAAGCAGCAACUACAAAUGUAGCAAUAACAUGGAGGCAAUACUGUACACUGCGGGUGGUCAUGGAGGCCUGUCGAAGGGCGUUGCCCUAAACUGGGAGACUGAAGCAAGUAGCUGGGAUUGUUCCCUUGACAGGAGGGGGGCCAUCGUUGCUGCGUGGACGGAGGCCACGUGGCGACUGACGUCCAGCGAGAAACGAGCACGCGUUCAACUGCAACUCGUGCAUAGACCUUUAGUCGAGAAUCCAUGGGUGUUCGGUGGCCCGGCUGAAAGUGGCGACGUCGGCCCCUGUGCCAAGUUGGCACAGGGGCCGGGCACUGCCAAGGCGUCGGUAGUAGCUCGCAAAGAAGCCGCCGAACUCGAAGCGGAAGGCAGCCAACUGUUGAGCAUCCAGUGCAACCAGCCUGCAACUCGACCUCGGCGUUUCUUUGCCUCUACAAGAGCAGAGAGCCAUGGCGGCAUCAACGCGAUGAUGGCGCCUGGCCGCAGAAUCGGUCCACCGCCAAGCUAUCGCCGCGCCGUCAGCGUUGUCUCAUAG